AUGGGAUCAGACGACAACUCGCCACAGCCCGUGUCGGACUUUGUCCCCGGGACAGUCCUCCUUGUUGACUUUGAUGGCACCUUGGAUACUCGCCACGCUCAAGGCCAUCGAGAUAUCGUUCUUGUUCCAACUCCCUCUGAAGAUCCAGAUGAUCCUUUGAACUGGAGCAGAUGGAGAAAGGCUUUGCUUAUGGCAACUCUAUGUUUGUACUGCCUUGCCAUUGGUAUUGCUUCGGCCGCCAUUUACUCCGUUCUUGUUCCGAUCUCAGCUGCCACUGGCCUCAGUGUCGGUGAUCUGAACUCUGGAACCGGAUAUAUGUUUUUGACCUUUGGAUGGGGAUGUCUGAUCUGGCAGCCUCUGGCACAGAAGUUUGGUAAACGUCCUGUUUACCUUUUGUCCUUACUAGGAACAACGGGAAUCAUGAUCUGGGCCCCGCAUGCAACGACCAACGGCCAAUGGAUUGCCAACAAGGUCCUCCAAGGGACCUUUGGUGCCCCAGUCGAGUCACUCUGCGAAAUCUCGGUGUCAGAUGCUUACUUUGCCCACGAGAGAGGCACCUACAUUGCUUACUACGCCCUAUUCCUUGGAGGUGCAAACUUUGUUGCACCUGUCAUUUCUGGCUUCAUCAACGACGGACAAGGUUGGGAAUGGGUGUUGCAUUGGUGCGCAAUAUUUAAUGCAAUCGCAUUCGUUAUUUGCUUGUUCUUCAUGGAGGAAACAAAGUACAACCGAAAAGCCACCCCACUCCAUCUCAACGAUACUGUCGAUAUCAACAAAGCGACCGAGUCUCCCAGCGAUGAUGUCGUCAAUGGCAGCGUCCUCUCCUCCUCUAAGACCUCCCUCGACAAAAUCAAGAUCUUCCGAAGCGAGCAUGUUCAAGGCAGCGUUCCUCUGAAGGGCAUGCUCAUUCGACCCUUCAAGUACUUCUCCUUGCCCAUUGUUGUGUUCUGCGGCUUCAUGUAUGGCGCUGUUAUUUGCUACUUCAAUGUGCUCAAUGGUACAGCGUCGAUCAUUCUCUCGGCUCCUCCUUAUUCAUUCAAGCCAAGCACUGUUGGUCUUUGCUACAUCGCUACCGUCAUCGGAGUCUUUGUUGGGUCAUUCCUUUCUGGCCCAGUUGGAGAUAAGCUCGUCCUUUACCUGACACGCCGUAAUAACGGCAUCCGCGAGCCUGAAUACCGCCUGUGGCUUUACGCUGUUCUGCUUCUGGUCGUGCCAGGUGGACUCCUACUCUGGGGCGUUGGAGCGGCUCAUCACGUUCACUGGUCAGGACUCUUGAUCGCUAUGGGAAUGUUAGGGGCCGCAAUCACUGCAGGCUGUCAGAUUCCUCUUAGCUACUGCAUCGACUGCUAUACUGAACUUGGCUCCGACGCUAUUGUCACAAUCAUUCUGAUUCGCAACACCAUGAGCUUUGCCAUUGGCUACGGUGUCACUCCCUGGGUUACAGGAAUGGGCUAUCAGAACGCUUUCCUUGUUGCAGCCUUUGUUGCAAUGGCGCAGUUUUCUCUUGCUUUUGUGUUCAUCAAGUAUGGUAAACAGCUUCGACGAAACAGUACUGCGAGCUAUUUCAAGUACCUUGAGCAGGUCAAGAAUGAUGGCCUCAUUCACUGA